AUGGAAGAGACCGACAACGGGACAUGUAGUGUUGUCUACUUUUGUCCCGUCACCGAGGAGCCCUUCUCGGAACUCUUCGAUUCUGACCAUGCGCCGGUGGCACCAGAUGGCCAGCAACCGUCAGCAGCCUCUCGGCAUAAUGUGUAUGGCAACGUGCGCCGCCUUCUGGACAAAGACCAGGGCGAUUUCGAUCGAGGUGACUACUACCACCCUAUGUUUCUCUAAUUUUCACUCUUGCUCACCGAGACCAGUAUUCGUGGGCUCAUCCCAAGAGGAAUGUCUUCAGACGCUCGAAUCCUUUGCCAAGAUAAAGCCGACCGCUGUACUCAUUGAGCUCAGCGACGCCACUCUCCAACAUGAUGCUGCCUCGACCUUUCUUCGCGCUCUCUCCCCCGAUGCGCAGAAGCCGAACUUUCACCAUCAUGUAAUGCCCUUCAUUCUCUUGGCGACAAGCAGCCCAGACGAUUUACCCGGUUCAUCGCAUGACACAAGUAAUCUUGGCGCAGGUGCUAUCGACACCAUGCGCAGUCCGUUGUGCCCCCAAGCGAUGGAUCAGUUGAUGGGACAUAUUAAAGGAACCACGCGCCCCUGCGCUCGUCUUCUCGGUGCAGACAUGGCCACCAGGUUGCUGGGUAGUCUUGCCAAGACCAACAAACCCCGUGCUGCUACACAUCGCCCAGACGAAAUCCUCUCAGCGCAACGCAAAUCCGCCGUUGAGGAAGCUAUCGCGCAAUGGGGCUUUCCUGCUCACACCUUCGACAUGGACGAACUGACGUAUGGCGCGCUGUCGAUGUUGGAACAUGUCCUCCAAAAUCCGGUGCUGGAGCCGUAUCGACUGUCUCGGUCUGAAUUGAUGACUUUCCUGUUAGCGGUGCGACGCGAAUACAAACACGAGCGAGAGGGUAUGUACCCGUGCAUUCCAAGCUCACACAGCCAUUGUAUUCUGACAUAAGUAGUACAUUACCACAACUGGCGGCAUGCCGUCGACGUCACGCAAUCGCUUUAUUGCUUUCUAUGUGACGUCCGUUUGUGCCCCCCAUCAGAGUCGAGUCCGAGAAUACCAAAAGAAGCUGGUGCCGUCGAAAGGUUGCUCUCCCCUAUCGAUGCCCUAAUCCUCCUGGUAUCGGCCAUCGGUCACGAUGUUGGACACCCCGGCGUCAACAACGCUUUUCUGGUGGCUAGUAGCCAUCAGUUGGCGCAGAUCUACAAUGACAAGUCGGUGCUGGAGAAUUAUCACUGCGCAGCGUACUCUCAACUCCUCCGCCGACACUGGCCCGCGUUGAUAACAUAUCCUCACUUCCGACCUUCGAUGAUCUCGACCAUCUUGGCAACUGAUAUGCAGAGGCACUUCGAAUACAUGGGUCACUUGAAAGACCUCAAGCAGAAGGUCGACAACAGUCAGGAAGGGCUCUCCGACUGGAAUGACAAAGACAGGGAGCACGCCCGAGAACUGAUUAUGGCAUUGCUGAUCAAGGCUGCUGAUAUCUCGAACGUCGCAAGGCCUUUUGAGAUUGCUGCUCGAUGGGCCAAGAUCCUGAUGAACGAAUUCUCACGUCAAGGCGAGCUGGAGCAUCAGUUGCAAAUUCCCACUUGUCUAUUCGGCGGUCCGCCGGACAGAGAAGACCUGUUGGCUGCAGCACAGAGUCAAAAGGGAUUUUUGAACCUGUUCGGGUUCCCACUCUUUCGAGGCGUCGCUGAGAUCAUGCCAAACAUCUCCUGCUCACUACCCUGUCUAGAGAACAACAAGGACACAUGGGAGCAGAAGAUUAGCGAUGAGAAGGUGCGAAGAGAAGCUGGCGGUGAUGGUAGACGAUCAUCUAGGACUUACGGCUCCGUCACCGAGAAGGAGGUUGAAGAGGCAAGAAUGCGUAAGAGAGAGUCCGAACCGACAGCGGUCCCCAGCACAGUACCACACACGCCGUCUGAGCCCCAUCAACGGCAGCCAGGUCUAGAUCGCUCAGAAACACCCAACAGACAUCCGGGAACCGAUGAACGCCAACGUCUCCAACAUGGUGUUCCGCCAGCCGGGGACGAAACUCGGGCUCCCACGCCCGUCAUCUGGCCGGGUUCGUCGACACAGCUCUCUCCAACCGCCAUUGGAGGUUCUAGCAGAAGAUCAAGUAAAGACGUAGCCCUCAAUCAGCUGCAGGAACUGAGUGCGAUUGCGCAGCAGAAUUUGGCGACAGCGGGCUCCAGGCGAGGAUCGGCGGAUGCGGGAUGGCAGAUUCACCAGAACUACCCAGGCUCUCGAAGAGGUAGCAAAGAAGAGAGUCUGACCACGAUCUUGGUUGCGAGCCAAGGCAGUAGCCCGGCCUCCCGGAGCGUGCCCCCGUCGCCCAAAGUUGGCAAGUCUGCCUCGCCCAGUAAGGCGGCGAGUUCUAGCAAGCGGCACAGCUUCACAAAACCGAUGUCUAGCACUGCUCGCUCUGCGGCCGCUUCGUCAAAGUCCCAGACGACGAAUUCGCCAACAGUGACGACCGACCUGCAGACGGCAUCUACACAACCUUCAUCGCUCGCAACUACGGACGAUGACGCGAUACCACCGAUGCAUAGCAGUAUCAUCCCUGGGGGCGGUGCAGAUCCACUUGUGCCCUCGACAGAUUGGACGCCAGGAAUGGACUGCGGCCACCAGUCAUCAGCCCCUGCCGCACUGCUACGUACGUCCACAGAACCAGAAGCAGAACAAGCCAAACCAGACUCGCCGCGGAUCAUAGCGCGCAUGGCGAGUGGUGAAUACAGCCCCCGUGAUGCCACUGGUUCCGAAUCGCACCUUCGUCAGUCUCGCAGUCGUAGUCGUUUGCGAGGGCUCAAGUUUUGGAGGAGAAAAAGAGAUGCGUCGGGCCUCGAGGGUGCCGGUCCCACCUCCGUCCCAGGACCGACCGAAUCGAACCUGCCAUGA